UGCCGGCCGGGUCGUCAACCCCCUGGGAUCCCCUCGUGCCGCCACGACCGAAACUUUCGCUGUCCUGCGUCCCUUGAACUAAAAAGUAACAACGUCUUCGUGGCUUUAACCACACUGAGGGCUUUCUUUAGUGGAGAAACACUUAAAAUGGGUUUACUGGGCUGCUCGUGAGGUCAAGGUCUCCGUAAGGAAGCCCCUACCCUGUGGCCUUCCUUGAGACUUGGAAAAGGUCACUGCAGGCUCCUCCUUGGGCGUCUCGAUGACCCUCCUUGACCUGUGGGGUGGGGACCCUGGCAGAGCCUCUUGUUGGCCGACAUGAAUUUACAGCUCUGACCACAGUACCAGUGCUUGCCCCUCCUCCCAUCGCUCGCCCACCCACCAUUCCGAGCACCCGUGCAUCAUCCAGCCUCCCUCCCGUCAGCCCUCCCGCUGUGUUUCUAGGUGUCCUUCCAGACGUGCCAUCUGCACAGUGGGUGGCACAGAAGUAGCAACGAAAGCCUCGAGUUUCAUCUUAUGCGCUUUUAGUAAAACCGUGGUAACGUGACGCCUUCUAGAAUGGCCCAGCCAGGGUACCCUUCUCUGGAGCCCUGUAGGGCAGGAGGCCGCCCCGGUACCCACUGCCUGCUUGAGUGUUCAGUUUGAGUUCUUUUCCUUUUUUCUUGGGUUUAAACUGCUUUGCCAAGGAAUGUUCAGGUGGUUUUGCAAUGGUUUCCCUCCACAGACUGCAGAGACCCUCUUUCUUCGCUGGUCAGGGAGCGUCUGGGGACGAGUAAUGCCCCAGACGAGUAAUGCGGGCCUCAGUGGCCUGAAGCUGGCUCUGCCUGCUUCCUGUGCAGUCUGGCUUACGCUGCCCCGCCCAGUGCUGGCCAGCCCGGCCAAGGGGGCGGGAAGUGGGGUGAGGCCAACUCCUGACCCGGGCCAGUGGACUGUCAGCAGCGAGGCGCAGUGCUGUGACUAGGAACAGUAGCAGAAACUCGCCCCCACGAGUCAGAGGCAAGCUUAGCUCUCCAUUUCCAAAAGCUUAUUGCCCCCAAAAUAGGAUCACCAGGAAGAGAGUCCCCCAGGUAACAACAGCGUGGGGGGAGGGGUGACGCUCCGGUCCAGGUACAGGGUACCCGCUGUGCUUCCUCCGCUGGUGGCCACUGCCGCACGCCCAGGACACAGGACCAAGUUCACUGCUUUUAAAAUGAGCCAAGAAAAAAAUUAAGUUUAAUGUCUUAUAAACGUCCUAUGGACGACUGCUGUUUUCAAGUUUUGCCGUGUUUUAUAAUUCUGAGUCGAAAUUCAGAUUAAAAGUCCCUUACGACCUUUGCAGGUUUCAUCUUGGAAAGAGGAUGGGCAAGUGUCCCACCCUUGCUGUGCCAAAUUGUCUGAGGGCAGCAGCAGGGCAGGGGCCACACUGCGACCCCGACCGGCCAUUCUUGGCCGUGGCUCCGUCUCUCUCCAGUGGAGUAUUUCUCAGCAGGUCUGGCGGUGUGGCAAACUGAGUCUUUGUGUCGAUUUGCCUUAAAAACUUGGGCUCACGGAAGUGCCUGGCAGUGGCUGAAGGUCAUGGGUCAGGUCAGAGCUGAGCCUGUCCUAGCCCUACUGCUCAGAAUCUGGGGACUCUACAUUUCUCACCAGCCUCCCAGGAUGGUUGGUCACGUGUGAGGGUUGGUGCGGCCAGCCAGGUCGCCUCCGGGUCCCCUCUGCCUUGGGUGUGCUCUGAGUGGGCGGGCACAGCGCCCUCAUGGCUCCACCCACCAUGGAGAACUCCUCGGUCCCUCUGUCCCUCCUCCAUUUCUCUGUCUGGUCAGCGCUUGGUCUGGAGGAGGCCUAGGGCAGUGCCGCGGUUGGCAGAGGGUUUGGAGUGGAACAGUCAACCCUGGUGGUGGCAUCUGAGCCUGUAACUUAGCCCCGCGGCGAGACCUUCAGCUGUUUGUGGAGCCCGUGGAGGACACGAUGUUCGCCCGGGGGCUGAAGAGGAAGGGCGCUGAGCGGGAGGAGGACGUGGAGGGCGUGCUGGCCGGCCUGCGGGCCGCGCCGGCCUACAGCCUGCAGCGGCAGUCGCUCCUGGACAUGUCUCUGGUCAAGCUGCAGCUAUGCCACAUGCUGGUCGAGCCCAACCUCUGCCGCUCGGUCCUCAUAGCCAACACAGUGCGGCAGAUCCAGGAGGAGAUGACCCAGGAUGGGACCUGGCGGCUGCCCGCGCCCCCGAGCACCGGGCGGGGGCCGCAGGACCGCCUUGUCUCCACAGAGAUCCUGUGUCGGGCGGCCUGGGAGCAGGAGGGGGCGCACCCCGCUCCCAGCUUGGCCGAUGGCCACACGCCAGGCCUGGCCUCCGCACUGGGCGUGGCGCCAGCCCCGGGGGGCGUGCAGAGCUGCAUCUGGGAAGUGGACGGCCCUCGAGACAGCAGAGGGGGCUUUCCGAAGUCGCUGGGGCACAUCUUUGAGACACUGGAGAGUAAAACCCCAGGCUCCGUGGAAGGGCUGUUUGCGGACGUGGACAGCUCCUACUACGACCUGGACGCGGUGCUGACCGGCAUGGUGGCUGGUACGUCGAGCCAUGGCGAUGGGCUUGAGGCCUUGGCCUCUGCGGCUGCCCCAUCCCCCAGCCCCAGCUGCAAGUCGGACCUGGGCGAGCUGGACCACGUGGUGGAGAUUCUGGUGGAGACCUGAGCCGGCGAUGCCUGCGGGACAAGUCUCAGAUCGUUUGUCAGGCCCGGACGCCCCAGAGCACAUCUGACCACAGCGGCUUCUGCUUUGUUUGUGACUGCAGGAAUGUCCCGGGAGGUGUCCGGCCUGCCCGCUGUCGUCCCCGCCCCCCCUGGGGGGGCAGGGCGGUUCCCUGCAGGCUGGUCAUCCUGGGCCAGCCACCAGCUGCAUCCAGCCUCAUUUAACUUUACAUAGGUGAAUUUUUUAGAAUUAAGUUUUAUAUGUUUUGGGCGAUAUUUUGGCUUAAGAUAUAUUUUUUAAACUUUUUUAUACUUUUAUCUCUUUAGAUUUUUUCAGCUAUUUUCUUAAAAGUAUAUUUUUUCUAUAAAUAUCUCUGCUGCUGAUUAGAAAUUUUUAUAACCUGAACACUUGCAGUUGGUGUGUUCAAUUUUUAAGGUUUAAGUAAGGAAUUGUUUUUCAUGAGCCUCGCGGCACCCCGAGUCAGCCGUGUACAGUACCGUACGGGGACACGUCCGUCGCUCCGAGCACCGUGAGAGGUCACUGCCUGUUCCGUGUCCUGACCAGAUCCGCUGUGGGAGCCGAGUCCGAGAAUCACGGUAGAUUUGGGAGGGUUUAAUUUAUGCCUAUUUAUGUGUAAACGGCGGUGGUGGCGGCGGUGGUGUCACCGUGCGCCUGGCUGCCGGCUGCCGGCUACCAGGUGGCUCGUCCGCGUGCCACGACGUGGGAAUGUCCCAUGCCUGUCCCCAGAAACUGGUGCUGGGACCCAGUUUUAAGGUUAAAUGUAAGUCUAGAACUAAAUUGGGACACGUCAUUAUGGCCCCUUGAUCGUGAGGGCGAUGGUGGUGGGCUGGCAGGUGCCACCCGCGCCCGGCGACUCGCACGGGCCGAGAUUGCCCACAGCUUCUAGAUUUCUCCCUGGUUUACGAGCGGGCUGUGCGUUCCCUGAUUCUGCUGUUUCUGCCUUCCCCGGCCCUCAGCCGGAAAGGCUGUUGUCGCUCGCGCACAUGGCCAUCCUUACUGGGACGCACACCUCACUUUAUUAAAAGUUACUCAACAGGAUGGAACCGUGUUCGCUGCCUGCCGUGUCCCAUCCCAGAGGGCGGCCUUUCCCGUCGGUUCAGGCGCCUCCUGCAGGUGGAACCGUGUCACUCGGUGUGCUAAGUGGGCAGUGGGGCCACGUUCUCCGAAGCACGCUCCCCUCCCGCAGGCUCGGACACGCCGGUGAGGUCAGGGCGGGGUGCAGCCCUCGGUACCCAUGGGGCGCUUCCUUCAGCUUUGAAACUUCCUUCUUGUGGGGAAUAAAGUGUACGUGUCUGAGGAGCAGUAAACUGAAGCGGCAUCUUGUUUCGUAUAAAAGCGUCCUACUCUGUCUUUUUAAAGGUGUGUUUGGUUUCAGCGUCUUCGCCUGUGACAUAGAAACGUCCAGAGUGGCAGGGAGGUGGGCGGGCCUGCGGGUUGGGCAGGGCGGGGUGUGCCUCGGGCCUCAGCUGUGUCAGCGGGUUCCCUGGCUGGCUGAUGGUCCCCCAGGAAGGGACAGGCCGGUGGCCAGUGGCUGACAAUGGGUUUGACUGGCACUAUAGGACCCAGGCUCCCCAGGUCCCUGUGUGCACGUGGUCAUGGGAUUUUGUAAAUGGCAAAAGGUGUGUUGGCCAUGGUUGGCCAAGGCCACUGCCCGGCCACCACCCUCCUGUCCCCUGGCCUGGCUGGGUCGAGCUCAGCAUGGUCCUGGGUCCUGGGGAAGGGCAGUCGGGUGUGAGUGCCGCAGUCACCACCGCGUGUUUCCGCUUGCUUCCAAGCAUGGCCGAGCUGCUGCCGGUUCUCCUUGGCCAGGAAGGACUUUGGGGUACGCCUGCCACCCACCAUCCUGGCUCCUGGCACAGAGGCCAGGCCGGGCCCCUCGCUGCCUUACUGGAGUGUGUGGAGGGAGGGGAAGCGGGGUUUAGGUGCAUCGAGCCGACAGUUGGCUCGGGAAAGGACAUUGCAGGGCAUUCCCGCCCUGACAGUGGUGACAGCGUUCAUCCAGCUUGGCCAGUGGCGAGUUGCUAAGUUGGGAGAAACUUCUGAACCAUCAGCAAUAAACAUACAUUGAAUUAUCUUUCUGGAGAGUAAGAUCACGUUAUCACAAGAGAUGCAGGCAAAAGUAUCGAGGUGUGUCAGGAAUUAAAGUAUUGUUAUUUUCCUGGA